UGUGCGCUUGGAGGGAGAAAAAAGCGCAGGGUGAGAAAGAAGGAAGAAGAAAAAACUCCAAACACGCCGGCGUUACGGGGUCACGAACUAUGACCUUUCACAGAAGAAAAACAAAAACAAAUAUUUUUUAAAUAAUCAGAGAACAACAAACUACAAUCUUUGUUCAAGGGGCUUCACUAAUGACCUUACAUCACCAUGACGACCAACAUAGAUCUGCAUGCUCAGCAGAUAAUGGCCUCUGACAAGGUGGCAGAGUGUGUGUUUGAUUAUAGGCACAGUCCUCCCCUCCAGACUCAGUGAUGAGUGGCUCGUCACAACGCUUUCAGAUUGUCUCUUCUGAGGCCACUGCCACACAACAGUGUAUACAGAUUGUAACAGACCAGCAGACAGAUCAGAAGAUCCAGAUCGUCACAGCCAUGGACCGGUCCAGUGGUCCCAAGCAGAAGUUCAUACUGACUACAGCGGAUGGUUCUGGGACAGGCAAGAUGAUCCUGGCCUCUUCAGAGAAGCAGCUCAUCUUCACCACCUCAGACAGCAUGGUGCCAGGCAGGAUACAGAUCAUGGACGCAGCCUCAGUGGAAAGGUUGCUGGGGCAGUCGGGGGAUGUAGGCCGACCUCAGCCUGUGGAGUACUGUGUGGUGUGUGGAGAUAAGGCUUCAGGGAGACACUAUGGGGCAGUCAGCUGUGAAGGUUGUAAAGGCUUCUUCAAGAGGAGUGUCAGAAAGAACCUCACUUACAGUUGCCGCAGCAACCAGGACUGCAUCAUCAACAAACACCACCGCAACCGCUGCCAGUUCUGUCGUCUGAGGAAGUGUCUGGAAAUGGGGAUGAAGAUGGAUUCGGUGCAGAGUGAAAGGAAGCCUAUCGACCUGCCCCGCGAGAAGCCAGCCAACUGUGCCGCCUCCACAGAGAAGAUAUACAUAAGAAAGGACCUGCGUAGCCCGCUCAUAGCCACACCAACCUUCAUCACCAACAGAGAGGGCUCCAGCUCCAACCUAUUGGACCCUGGGAUUCUGGUGAACAUCCAGCAGCCACUCAUCCAGGCUGAUGGGACUUUUCUGCUGGCCACUGGAACUAAGGCAGAGCCAGGACAGGGGGAUCUAGGGACGCUGGCUAAUGUGGUGACAUCACUGGCCAGCCUUAAAGAUUCUCUCAAUGAGUCUGUGAACAAUGGCGAUACCUCAGACAGCCUGCAGGAGGAGCAGUCUGCCAGUGAGAUAACACGUGCCUUUGAUACACUGGCCAAAGCCCUGAAUCCAUCAGAUGCUGGUGCAGGGCAAAACCUGGCGGAGGAGGGGGACUGUUUGGAUGGAGCCACAAUCCAGGUGAUCAGCCGAGACCAAGUGACCCCCAUUAUUGAGGUGGAGGGGCCGCUGCUCACAGACACACACGUUGGCUUCAAGCUCACUAUGCCCAGCCCUGUUCCUGAGUAUCUGAAUGUACAUUACAUCUGUGAAUCAGCAUCCCGCCUCCUCUUCCUCUCCAUGCACUGGGCACGCUCCAUACCUGCUUUCUCAGCUCUCGGUCCAGACAGUAACACCAGUCUGGUACGGGCCUGCUGGAAUGAGCUGUUCACCCUGGGUCUGGCUCAGUGUGCCCAGAUCAUGAACCUCUCCACUAUCCUGGCUGCUAUCAUCAGCCACCUGCAAAGUAGCAUCCAGGACGACAAGGUGUCCGGGGAGAGAGUGAAGCUAGUGAUGGAGCACAUCUGGAAGCUGCAGGAGUUCUGCAACAGCAUGGCCAAGAUGGAGACAGACAGCUAUGAGUAUGCCUACUUGAAAGCCAUAGUUCUCUUCAGUCCCGAUCAUCCAGGUCUGAAUAGCAGCAACCCUAUUGAGAAGUUCCAGGAGAAGGCCCAGAUGGAACUUCAGGAUUAUGUGCAAAAAGCCUACCCACAUGACACUUACAGGUUGACACGUAUCCUGAUGCGUCUGCCAGCCCUGCGUCUGAUGAGCUCCAGCAUCACAGAAGAGCUCUUCUUCACAGGCCUGAUUGGCAAUGUCCCCAUCGACAGUAUCAUCCCCUACAUCCUCAAGAUGGAGACCUCCGACUACAACAGCCAGAUCACAGACUCCAGUGCAUGACCCCCCACCAAGCCCCUACCCACCCAAGAGCUGUAAAUCUGCUCCACCCCAUCCCAUGACCACGGCCUAAAGAGAUCCCUUUCAGAUUGUGUUACUCUCAGACAGACUAUUUCAAUGCAUGUGAUGCAUCUCAGCUGUGGUCCUGCAAAACUGAAAUUAAGAAUGUUUCCUGAAAGAGAUGCAUAUGGGGACUUGGAGUCUCUGAUCCAGGUGUCAUUGCUUAGAGCACUAAACUCCAGAAAGGGGAAUCUUGACAGCUUACCCUGGAACCUUCUUUCUCUCUAUCAGUAAUACUUAAGAAAAAUCCUUCUAUAAGGAGUGUACAUAUUUGCUUCAUUGUUCCAUUCUGCUUUUGUUCUAUGCACUGAGACGUUUGUUCAGUAUACUGCUCCAGUUACCGCUUGCUCCUGCCUCUAAUCUCAAUAAUUGUAGUAUUAAAUCAACAUAUACUAGGAAUGAAAGCAAUGCUUGGCUGAAUGUUAAAAUGGACAUAUCAAACUUGAAAUUAUUAUACACAUUUCGUAUUUUUUAUUUUAAGAUGAAGAUUUUAAGAUUACGAUUUUAUGCCGGUCUUUAUUUUAAAGGCAACCGCUUUCUUCACAAAAAAAGGAAAGAAAAAUAAAUCUGAAUACAUUUCUAGUCCAUGAGCAGCUAAACUUGACCCUAGACCUAAUGUACAAAGUAUUUAAAAGGACAAGCCAUCUGUGUGCACUUUUAUUUCAAGUUAAUUCAGGAAAUACUUUCAUUUGCCUUUAUUUCCUAAAUUAACAGCGUCAAAAUUUAAUUGGUGUGAUAACUGUCCAUAUUUUGUUAUUGGACAGAGUAUUCUCAUAGAUUCUAAAAUUAAAGCUUUUAUUUAUCUUAAGACUUAAUCUAUUUCCUAAAGAAAUUGCACAUUUACUGUAUGGUUUAACCAUCAUCUCUGUCUAAAUUGUUUGUUAUCUUGUUGUCACAAUUACUGCAUGUCUACAUUCCUUUGCCUUCAUGACAAUCAAGCUUUGUGAGAGCAUUGGACCCUGUCUCCUUCUGUUCUGUGCAUCUAUGUUGUCAUCUUGUCAUUGGCAGCCUCCAAAUACUGACUCAGUGAUGUCAGUCCAUUUUCAUUGACAACAUCAUUUCUAAAUACUGUUAGUUUCACAAAUAUGAACAAAGUGUUUAUUCGUUUCCAACAUUUGCCUUUUCUUUUGUUUCUUACUACAUGGUUCAAAUUGAAUUUGGUAGUAUUUGUGCUGAAGAUAUCUUCUGUUUGUAUUCCAUCCUUCAGUAUGUCUGUGUAUUUGUUUCAUUUUAUCAUGGAGCUUAAUUUGUUGUUGGCAAAUGUGUUCUCCUAUUCUAAGUGUACUUAAAGUACUAUAUGCCAACUCUAGUACAUUAACAUAAUCAACAAGGGUAACAGUUUCAGAGGUAAAAAGUAUGUUAUCUUGAAUAAAUGCAUAUUGUCAUUUCUACGUUGAAAUGACUGUUUAUGUCUAUGUACUAAGCUUUAUACUACAUGUAAUUUGAUUAAAAGGAGUGCAUGCCCCCUUUUUACCAGUUUUCUAGUGUUGUCAGUGUUUGCCACAAAUACAGAGGGCAUUUGUUUUUUAUUAUAAUUUUUUUUGCAUUGAUGUGCAUGCAUUGCUAAUAUGUUUUAUUAAAUUCUUUCAGGUGAAUGCAAAAAAAUGUGAAGUUAAAUAUUGUGGCUUAAAAUAUACAAUUUACCUAAA